AUGCAGGGCGUUGUUCCUCCACCCCUCGGUGUUUCCCAAGCACUUGGUAUUGAGAGAACUGAGUUACAAAAGCAAAGCAUCGUGGCGUAUACAACACUGACAACGGUCGCAACAAUAUUUGUAUUCUUGAGGCUGUACACACGCCUCUAUUUAAGAGCAAGUCUAGGAUGGGAUGAUGCGCUGGUUUUGCUAAGCUGGAUCGGAUGCGUCGCAUGGAUUGCAAUUUGCAUGAGUGCAUUGCAAUAUGGAUUUGGUGAACAUAUGUGGAACGUUACACCGCUCCAAUUUGCACAGUAUCUGCAGCUCCUUAUUGGUAUUAGCAUCGUCUACGUUUGGACGCCCGCACUGUCGAAAUUGUCGCUACUUGCUUUGUACCACCGUAUCCUACCAGACAUUCGGAGUCGAGUGGGUGUAUACACACUCUUUGUUCUUAUCCUCGGAUACAACCUUGGUAUUACGAUCACCAUUGUGGGACCUUGCAACCUACUCAAGCACAGCGAUCCUACUUGUCUGAUGAAUGCAAACCUAGUAAUGGCUAUAUUAAACAUUAUGACGGAUGUCUGUAUCAUCGUCAUGCCAACUCAGAUACUUUACAGGCUGCAGAUGGAUCGGAAGCAGAAGUGGUUCAUCGGUAUCAUUUUCUUCGUUGCAUCAGGGGUGAUCAUCAUUUCCAUCGUCCGCAUCAUCUAUGUGUACAAGUACGUCGGCGAGGUUGACGUCACUUACUAUCAAGCAGCCGCCGCGCUGUUUUCUACCGCUGAGCUCAAUGUCGGCAUCAUUUGCACCUCCAUGGUUGGAUUGAAGCCCUUUAUUGAUGCAUGCCGGGCCUUCAUUUAUGAGUGGUGGAAGACCAUAAAGGACUCUAGAGUCAGUGAGAAACCCUUGAUUGAUGACGGACGGACCGGCCUUGACGUACAUGAUGCUGCGAGCUGUGAUGAAGAAACCAGUAGGCUGGGCGCCAAGCAUCAAUGUUCUACGCGGUGA